ACUCAGUUUACUGUGGACACACAACAUACCAGUGUGUUAAUUAUCAAAUUAAUUAACACUUUUUGGUGACAGUUUGUAAACUUUUUAACAGACUAAAGCAUAUCGAAACGAUAUAUUUUCAAGUAUUAAUAUUUCAUUUUUUUGAAAUAUUUGUGCGAUAUCAGUAUGUCGACGAGCGUGUACAAUCCGGUGACCAAACCGAUACCGUCGGAUACGGAAGCGGUCAAGCGCAGACUGGCCUUCCAAAAGAGCUACAGCCAAGAACAUGGAGGAUCGUGGCGACGGAGAAGUUUAAUUGAGGACGCCAAGUUUGAGACAGUAACGAACAUAGAGUUUCAGAAACGGGAAAAACACUUAAGUGUAAAAGAAAAGUCUGGAAAUACGACCGGGUCGAUCAGUGAGGAGGAAGAGGUAUUCAUACAGAAUGGGGAUGGAACCUCCCCCGUGGAAACCGGAAAUCUUGUCAAUGUCACCGUCAUCAUCACGCUGAAGGAUGGUAUCAGUUCCCUUGCCAAAAUUCUCAGAGUAUUUGAGAACACCAAGGUAACCAUCGACCAUAUCGAAUCGAGAAAAUCCAAGAAACCCGGAUGUGAAUAUGAGAUUCUCUUACAAGCGAUAAGCACGAGUGAACGCUGGACGCCGGUGACGAACUUGUUACGUCAGAGUCCCCAAGUGAAUGACAUCGUGAUACUAAAUGAACAACCCCGCCCAGCAGAGAAAGUGGCGACACCCGAGCCCAUGCCACAUUCCUGCUUUGGUUCGCAAUGGACAAGGUUAUCUUUAGCACUCACAGCAUCCGCAAGCUUUGUUUUUCCAGCUAUAGGCAAAGCAAGAAAACUAUUCUCGAAAAAACUUCGUGCCAAUUCCAGAAAACUUAAUGGAACAUUGGAUAAUGAGGCUUCUUGCGAGCAUGCUGAAAUAAAAAGAGAUGAUUGGUACCCGCGCCACAUUUCGGACUUAGACAAUUGCACCCACUUGGUUACUAAGUUCGAACCCGAUCUGGAUUAUGAUCACCCGGGAUUUACGGACAUGAAGUACCGUGAAAGGAGGAAGGCGAUCGCCGACAUUGCGUUUGAAUACAGAAAUGGACAGCCUAUCCCGAGAGUCGAGUACAAUGAAGAGGAAACACGAACUUGGAACCACGUUUACAGCCGUCUUCAGGAUUUUUUCCCAACACAUGCGUGUAAAGAACACAGAGAGAAUUUCGAACUUCUUGAAAAAGAAUGUGGUUAUUGUCUGACCAGAAUCCCACAGCUAGAAGACGUCUCCAAUUAUCUGAAAAGAAGGACCGGAUUCCAGCUUCGACCCGUUUCUGGACUUUUGUCAGCACGUGACUUCCUGGCUAGCCUUGCUUUCCGAGUAUUCCAAUGUACUCAAUAUGUUCGUCACGGGUCAAAGCCGGAUCACUCUCCAGAACCAGACUGCAUCCAUGAACUUUUAGGACAUGUACCAAUGUUAGCCGAUCCAAAGUUUGCACAGUUUUCCCAGGAAAUAGGUCUAGCCACACUUGGAGCUUCUGAUGCCGACAUUGAGAAAUUCGCAACGUUGUACUGGUUCACAGUAGAGUUUGGUUUGUGUAAGGAAAACGGCGAACUACGGGCCUACGGAGCCGGAACGCUCUCGUCGUACGGAGAACUUCAACAUGCGCUGUCGGAUGCACCUGACCAGCGUCCUUUUGAUCCUGCUAAGACAUCUGUCCAGGAAUACACAGACGACGAUCUUCAACCAAUAUACUUCUACGUGGAAUCGUUUGAUGACAUGAUGCUAAAGAUGAGGCAAUAUGCGGCUAACAUUCCCCGGCGAUCGGAGGUAAGGUACGAUCCCUACACACAGACCAUCCAACAACUGGACAAACGGGAAACAGUCGACGCCAUUGCUCUAGCCGUUCGGAAUGACAUCGAUUGUCUUCAAAAAGCCACGAAGGGUAUGGAAACCAUUCAAGUGUCGUGAAACUGAACUACUAUGAUGGACCUUAACGAUCGGAUUUAGGUAUUGACCUGCUCCAUGAAAAUUUAACAUGCUUGUGAAUAAUUAACGGGUUGCGGUAUAACAACUCUUCCUGAAUGAAUUCUUUAAUUGAUUAUUAUGGUGGUUUUGAUUUUAAUGUAUCCUGUGUUCGUCUUUGAUUUCCCGAGAAAGAUUCCUUGGUACUUGAUUUAUGAUUUAUCGACUUUGUUAUACUUGUUACACUUGUUAUAUGAAAAGUAGUGCAUAUAGUUUCCAAACUAUAGUUACUUAAUCAGUAAUAUAUCAUUCCAUCCAAAAUUCCCCUAAAGUAUCUAAUCGAUACGAAAUGUAUCGAUAUUUUCAUUUUUUCUUUCUUCACUUUUUUGUCAUUUUUCUAUUUAAGAACAUUAAAUCUAACAUUUAAUGUAUGUAUUUACUCAUGAUUAAUGUAAAGACUACUGAAAGGUAUCAUUUAUGCAUGUAACAAGUCUCACUUCAAAAUCUUCAAGAUUUUUGUAACUUCAAAACUGUUGCUAUUGCGUUGGAUACCGAAUGAAGUAAGGUGUAUUUUGAUUUGGAUAUCAGUUAAAAGGUACAUUUCAGAUAGGAAACACAUUUCAAAAGUGGUGUUUGAGUGUGUUUAAUUGUUAUUAUAGAUACAACUAAACAUUGAUGACAAAUAACGGUAUAUCUUUGCAAACGAAAUGGAUAGAGCGACGAAUGAAUCUUUAAGCUAUUUGGUGAUUGACGAGUUGUGUCCCUUUAAUCUGUAUGGGAAUGCUAUGUAAAUGUCAAUGUAUAAAGUUGUGGUUUUUUUUUUUAAUUUCUUUUAAGAUAAAAAUAUUAAGUUCCGCUUACCUUCGCUGGUUAUUUUGCCCUAUAUCAAACAAGAACUGUUGAAAUGAAGAGCAGGCACUGAUAAUCUUUUUGCAAAAUGAACGAUUUUAUCUACCAAUUUGUUCUUUUGAGAAUUAAAAACGAAAGCAUUGAACCUGCAGGUAUAUAACAAACAAGUACAAACUUAUAUCGUAUAAUAUGUAUUACAGUUCUCGAUACUGCUUUCUGAAUAACCAGUACAAAACAGGUCAUCCGCAUUGGCGUCAUAUGACUGGUUCCAAUCGAAACUCCUCUAAUGUGACACCCGAGGAGUUCCGAGUACAGCGAUCCUUAGUUCAAGUGUAUAUUAUUGUACAAUGUCUGCAGAGAAUAAUAAAAUGAACUUCAACUUCUGUGUUAUCAAAUCGACAGAUUUAUAGUUAGUAUAUUUAGCGUAUAUACACUGUUGAUAUAUGAUUGUUUGUAAAUGUACAAAUGUGGUCAAAGCUUUAGCGACCACUCAAUAAAUUAUAUUGCAAGAU